ACCUUUCAGGGACAUGGGGGAGCGCGUCACUCGUAGCUGCUGCCUAGGCUGGGACUUCAGCACGCAGCAGGUGAAAGUUGUUGCUAUUGAUGCAGAGCUGAAUGUCUUUUAUGAGGACAGUGUGCAUUUUGACAGAGACCUUCCAGAAUUUGGGACUCAGGGUGGUGUUCAUGUGCACAAGGACAGGCUGACAGUCACCUCUCCAGUCCUGAUGUGGAUCCAGGCUCUGGACAUCAUCUUGGAGAAGAUGAAGGCUUCGGGUUUUGACUUCUCUCAAGUCCUAGCCUUGUCUGGGGCAGGCCAGCAACAUGGAAGCAUAUACUGGAAGACUGGGGCCAGCUUGACACUGACGGCACUGUCACCAGACCUCCCAUUACACCAGCAGCUGAAGACUUGCUUCUCCAUCAGCGACUGCCCAGUGUGGAUGGACUCCAGCACCACAGCCCAGUGCCGCCAGCUAGAGGCCGCCGUGGGUGGGGCCCAGUCUCUCAGCUGCCUCACAGGGUCCCGCGCCUAUGAGCGUUUUACAGGAAACCAAAUUGCAAAGAUAUACCAGCAGAACCCUGAGGCCUACUCACGCACAGAGAGAAUUUCUUUGGUCAGUAGCUUUGCUGCUUCCCUAUUCCUUGGUUCUUACUCCCCCAUUGACUACAGUGAUGGUUCUGGAAUGAAUCUGUUACAGAUCCAAGACAAAGUCUGGUCCCAGACUUGCCUUGGUGCCUGUGCCCCUCAUUUAGAGGAGAAGCUCGGAGCACCGGUACCAUCAUGCUCAGUUGUGGGAGCCAUUUCUUCCUACUAUGUCCAGCGCUAUGGAUUUCCUCCAGGAUGCAAAGUAGUGGCCUUCACUGGUGACAAUCCAGCGUCACUGGCAGGCAUGAGGCUGGAGGAAGGUGACAUUGCGGUCAGUCUGGGCACCAGCGACACCCUAUUUCUCUGGCUCCAGGAGCCCACACCUGCCCUAGAAGGCCACAUCUUCUGCAAUCCAGUUGACCCUCAGCACUACAUGGCACUCUUGUGCUUUAAAAAUGGCUCCCUCAUGAGAGAGAAGAUCCGCAAUGAAUGUGCUUCCUGUUCCUGGAGUGAGUUCUCUAAGGCACUGCAGUCCACAGAGAUGGGGAACGGCGGAAACCUGGGUUUUUAUUUUGAUGUAAUGGAGAUCACCCCUGAAAUUAUUGGGCGUCAUAGGUUUAAUGCAGAAAACCAUGAGGUCCCAGCAUUCCCCAGAGAUGUGGAGAUUCGAGCACUGAUCGAAGGACAAUUCAUGGCCAAGAGGAUUCAUGCAGAAGGCCUGGGCUACCGAGUCAUGCCCAAGACAAAGAUUCUGGCCACAGGAGGGGCAUCUCACAAUAGAGACAUCUUACAGGUGCUUGCAGAUGUAUUUGGCGCCCCGGUGUAUGUCAUAGACACUGCCAACUCAGCCUGUGUGGGCUCUGCAUACCGAGCUUUUCAUGGUGGAAAAGACGUGCCCUUUACAGAGGUCGUGAAGUUAGCCCCAAAUCCAAGACUAGCUGCUACUCCAAGCCCAGUAGCUUCUCAGGUCUAUGAGGCCCUUCUCCCCCGGUAUGCUAAACUUGAACAGAGAAUCUUGUUCCGGACCCAAAGGCCUCUGGAAUGAAUUCUGCAGGCCCAGGCACCCCUGCCACCCCUGCCUGCCCGGAUUCACUGAUCCCACUUGGAAACACAGCCCUGAACAACAGGGACUGUCUUCCCUGUUCUGAGCCGCUCUUCCUGCUCAUGUUGACUCCUCAGAGUGCUCCUGCCCAUCCAGGAUCAUCCUGAAGCUGACUUCAGCACAUCUUCCUGAAGAUAUUUGGGCUAAUAGUGCCCUACGCCCUAGGUCGAGAGAGCAUCUCUCCUUUCCUGUCUUUCAUUCAAGGAUGCAGGAUAACACCGACUCUGGAAUAUAUCCACUAAAAAUUGUGACCUUUCUAUUUUCAAAGGCAGAAUGAAAGCUGAUCUUGGGACCUUAAUCAGCAGAAUGGGAGAAACAAUGCCUUCUCCCUCGCCUACCCCGGCCCUGACUAUGCUCACCAAGCACAGAUGCCCCACCCCAUACCUUGACCCUGUUGUUCAUCAUCUCCCAUCACCCAGAGCCCACAGACACUUCUCUCCUAUACCCUGGCCCUCCCAGCUGUUUCUGCCCUGUUCAUUUCACCCUCCUAGGUGCCUUCCCAGGACUUCUCCUGUCUCACACCCUCCUUCCUUCAUAUGCUCACCCUUCUCUGCAUACAGCACUUGUCCCUUUAUGGGUCACCCAGUUUCUCCCCACAUCCACCUGGUGUAAUUCACCAUUUCCCACCUGAAAAGAACUAAUAGUCCUGGUAGACACACUUCUCAUGCCUUCCCUCAGUUCUGCCCAGAGUCUACUAGACUCUGGAUCUGGUUGGGCCAUCUCCCAGGUGGUGGAUUUUAGGGCUCUCUUCUCUUUCUCAU